AUGGAGCUAGCGAGAGCUCCGUUUCCCGCGGACGGUCGCGUAUAUUAUUUGCCCCAUCAUGGGGUUUACAAACUGGACAGCACUACUACAAAACUUCGCGUCGUUUUCAAUGCUUCGUCGAAAUGCCCGAACGGGCUAUCCUUAAACGAUACCUUGCUCAGUGGCCCGAAAUUGCAGCCCGACAUCGUCGCGGUCCUACUCCUCUUUCGCGCUGAGCCCGUAGCCAUCACCGCGGACGUUAAACAAAUGUUCCGGCAAAUCUGGAUAAACCCGGAACAUCGCGAUUAUCAGCGUAUCGUCUGGCGCUUCUCGGAAUCGGAUAUACAGGGUGUCCAAAAAAUCGCCCACUCCACUUUGGGAG